AUGGCGCUACGAAAGCUCAUCCACCGAAUAUUUCUUCGCAGACAGGACACAGACGAUGACAUAAUAUCGAAAAAAUCGUUGCAGACGGUGAAGCAGAUCAUCAACUUCCUGAAAGAACAUGCCAGAGAGGAAGGUUUAUUCCGACGUGCAGGCCGUCGUGAUCUCAGAAGAAGGAUCUUAAAUUCUUUGAAGAAAGGAGAGAAACCUCAUUUAGGGAACAAUGACGCGGCUUUGGAAUGCGCAGCAGCGUUACAACUUUUCUUGUGUCAUUUAAAGAAACCCGUCAUGCCCCAGCACGUCCAGCAGCUUCUUCUGGCUGAUAAUCCCGGAGUGACCGCCCACAUGAUUGCCAGAGACGCCCUAGGAUUGAUACGACAGGAUGUUGGUGGUCGUCAUGGAGAGCUAUUGGCUGGUCUUCUUGAUUUACUGAGACACUUGACCCUUUCUGGUCCUCCAUCCGAGAGAUCAGAGCUUCGUGGUUCACCGCUUCCGAUUGCACUGCUUCCAGUCUUCUUCACUUUAACGCCGGCUGAUCUGGUAAAAUGGAAGCAAGUGGCCGCCAGAUUCAGCGAAUUAAUUACCGAGGCCCCUGAGCAACUGCAGCUGAAUGAAAAUCGAUUGUACGAAAUAGAAUCAACGAGGCUAUCCAUUGGGAACGCGGGCAACGUUAGGUUGGAGAGAUAACUGGGAUUCUUGAUGUGCCGUUGCACGGUCCACCGGCGAGUAGACUUCAUCCAGUAAUUUCCAAUUCGAAUUGAAAGCACCUAGUAUUAAGCGGCAUUACAAAUGUAAUUUUUUUUGUACACAUGUAACGAGAUAUUUUAAAUUACCUGCAUUUCCGCCCAUCCCUUCAAUCGCGGAAUUUAAUUCCUUUUUUUUUUCCUAACAUUACAUUUUUUUUUUCAAUAUUUUUCUUCUUUUUUUUUCAUUCUAUUCUUGUCCUCUUUCUUCUUACUUA